AUGGCUGAAUCGGCUAAAUCCUUCAGUAUUGCAAAGGCACAAGUACCAGUUUCUUGUCACUUUUGCAACGGAUUAGGGACCAAAUGGAAAUGUGAAGAGUGCGAUGUUUUUAUGUGUAGUUCAUGCAAAGAGAAAGUUCAUGGAAAAUUGAAAUCUUCUCAAAGCCAUGAAGUAAUUUCGAUUUAUGAUACUUCAAGGGAAAUACUCGCUUCAAAUGAAGUUGCAUCUGAUAUAGUUACUUCAGUUUUCAAUUCAUAUACAACUUCUGUACCAGCAGUUUCGUGUUUGUUAUGCUCAAAUGAUGACAUAGUUUACAUUCUUUACAACCCCAAACCAGCGGAAUGUAAAUUUAUUAAAGGGAAACUACUGAAAGCAUCUAUUAGGAUACUUGAAACUUACACCCUACCAAUGUUUGACUUUGCAUUGAAUAGGGACGACGAAGUACUUUUUACUAAUAUAUCUGCUGAAGCAGAAAGCCCUGUUCGUAUGAUUUCAUCAGGUGAAAUCAGAACCGUGUUGGACCCCAAACCGAUGCGAUUAACUGCCAUACAUAUAAACAGAGAUAACGAAUUGAUAUGUGGUCUACGAGAACAGGGUCCACCUUAUCCCGUACAUAAUUUUUCCGUCCGUCAAAUUGUAAUAUUUGGUAAUGACAACCAACGAAAAAUUACCUUAGAAAAUGAUACUAAGGGGAGAAAACUGUUAACUACCCCUGCUACCAUCCGCACCGAUUCACAAAAUGUAAUGUAUGUAGCUGAUUGGGAAGAUAAUUACCACUUUGGGGGGUUAGUAGCUGUAGACAGAACAGGACAUUUAAAAUUUUCGUACAGGGGACCCCCUGAUAUAGAAAAGAUAAGACCGUCUGGUGUUGCUAUUACACCAGCAGAUAACAUCCUCCUGAUUGACGAUUGGAACAAUGCUUUACAUGCUUUGAAUACAAAGGGAAUUCUACUGGCGUUACAGUUUCUUCACGACUUGAAUAUAGGAUGUUCAAAUGCAAUAUGUUUUGACAAUGAGGGAUUUUUGCUAAUAGGGAGUUACAGAGUGGAUGGUAAAAAUGGGGAAAUUCAUGUCGUGAAGAUAGCAGAGCGUUUCAUGUGA